GAAACAGCUGAGCGGAUCGAUAAAGGUUUUCCCUUUUCACGGUGAAGUGGUUUCGCGUUUUAAUUACAUUAUGCGUCAUAUCGUGGUCGGAUGAAUUGCAUAAAAAAGUAUCUGGAAUGAUUAACCACAAGUAGAGAAUUGUGUUACGAAAUGCAAGUGUAUAUUACGUGUCCGAUUAUUUUACCUGCAACAGUACGGAUUUCUGCGCGACUGUGAGGAUUUACUCGUUCUACAUGAAAAACUAGGCAUGCGCUGGUAUUGGGGGUAAAUGCUUCGUCUUUUGGAGGAGAGAUAGGUCACCUUCGCGUUUUCAUUGAUACAAAUUUGCCGGUUUUCGCUUGCCAGUAACUCGCCGACUUUAUCGCAGAAUUUUGAAAGAGCUCGAAAUGUCUACGAGGGAUGCGCUCUUGGCGUCCGUCUCGGAACGGGUGGAGACGUCCGGAAACAAAGUUAGCGUUGUUGGUAUCGGGCAGGUGGGAAUGGCCUGUGCUUUCAGCAUAUUAACCCAGAAUGUCUCGACCGAUUUAGCGCUGGUUGACUGCGUUGCGGAAAAACUACAAGGGGAGCUCCUAGAUUUACAACACGGAUCGUGUUUUACAAAAAAUGCGAAAAUUCACGCCAGUACAGAUUACUCGGUGACGAGCGGAUCGCGUAUCUGCAUUGUGACUGCGGGUGCGCGUCAACGCGAGGGAGAGUCACGGCUUGACCUGGUCCAGCGUAACACGGACAUACUCAAAUUCAUCAUUCCGCAGUUGGUCAAGUACUCACCGAACACAAUUCUUUUAAUUGUCAGCAACCCAGUCGACAUUCUAACGUACGUCGCAUGGAAAAUAAGCGGUUUGCCGAAGCAUAAGGUCAUCGGUUCCGGUACUAACUUGGACUCGGCGCGGUUCAGGUUUUUGAUGUCUGAAAGGCUGGGGGUUGCACCCACAAGCUGCCACGGUUGGAUUAUCGGCGAACAUGGAGACUCGAGCGUGGCGGUGUGGUCCGGUGCCAACAUCGCCGGCGUCAAUUUGCGAAAGAUCAAUCCGGACAUUGGCACCGAUAAAGACCAAGAGGAAUGGGCCAAAGUACAUCGGCAAGUGAUUGAUAGCGCGUAUGAAGUUAUCAAAUUAAAAGGUUACACUUCUUGGGCCAUCGGCCUCAGCGUUGCGGCUUUGGCCGCUUCCAUCCUAAGUAAUUCCAGAAGAAUACACGCGGUCAGCGUAUAUGUAAAGGGCCAUCAUGGAAUUGAAGAAGAUGUAUACUUAUCAUUGCCAGCGGUAAUGGGGGAGGACGGAGUCUCCGAUAUUAUAAAACAAUCCUUAGAGGAAGAAGAACUGGAACGUUUGCAUAAAUCGGCCGCGAUUAUGCAUGAAGUUCAAAAAAAUUUACAAUUUUAAUUGUCUGUAAAUUGUCGUUAAUGACUGAGCACUUUUCUUCUUGCCAUUGCAACGCAUUUAUCAUACGUACUGCAGUAUUAUUUGACUUAGCAAUACGAUCGGACCAGCGAUUUAUGUAGUCAAUUUUUGUUUAGUUUAGUGCUUGCGCCUUUUUUUUUUAAAUGGCAACCAAAGAACACUUAUCUAUAGGUAGGUACCUAUGCCAAGAGGUACAAUCUAAUGUUUCAAAUAAAAGUCAAAAAACCUUUGUCCAUAUUUUGUUUAAAUAUCAAAUACAACUAUAGUGUAGGUUCGAAUAUCUCCGAUGUGGAUUAAAAGAGUAUUCUGACAGGUA